UCGAGAUAAACACCACCAUUGAAGUGGAUUUAAUUUCCAUUUUUGGGGUAAAUUUGCGAUUCAGCGUCAGAGUUCAAAUAUAUACUUUGCUUUGAGGAUAUUGGAAAAGAUUAUGAGCGAUUUUUGGAUGGAGUAAGAAGAGGACGAUGUUCGAUUAGCACCGCGCUGACGAAACAAGAUUUCAACAUCAACGCGGUUUCUGCUUGCAUUUGUAAACAGUGCCACAGUCGUCGAAAAAAAUUUGGAUCAUUUGCCGCUGAAUCUCAAAGUUUGAACAGAUUUCUCUUAGAGAUAGUUACGCUGCGAGCGUGAAGAGAGAGCGACUCUUUUCUUAGUCGAAAGAAUCGCUGAAAGAAACAGUACGUGAUGUUUACAUCCCUGUCAUGGUGAUGUGCACGUCACGCAGGUCGUAAAAUCACGCACAUUCUGGAACGGACGUGACGAGUGGGUACAGGUUCACUGUAAUUAUAGAUAUCUACAAAAAUUGGAGAGUAGAGGCUAUAUAUGCUUAAGUUUGUGCGUUUAUCCUCAUAUAGAAUUUUCAUUCAGAGGAAAACUGUGGGCACUUUACUGACUCAUUUCAUUGGCUGAACUAUGGUUGUCACAAUCGACGCAAUUGUGGAUACUGAUAUGGAAUUCGUAAACAGAGUAGACGAAAGGCUUAAUUGCCCGAUCUGUAAGAAGGUUUUCGAUGAGCCCUGGCAGACAUCGUGUGGACAUCGAUUUUGUAGGCAUUGUCUGGAACGUCUUUUAGGACAAGAAGGCCCAAGAUGUCCGAUAGACGGUGAAUCAAUUUCAAGACAGCAAUCUUUUCGGGAUAAAUGCUGUGAGAGAGAAGUUCUUAAUCUUCAGUGUUUCUGCCGACUUAAUAACAAAGGAUGCGAUUGGAAAGGGGAGCUCAGACAUCUAAAGACACACGAAGAUAGCUGUCAGUACGGUAAUGUGAAAUGUCAAGCGUGCAGUGAAACUGUGGAGAGGAGACAGCUUGCGGCGCACAGGGAGCAAGAUUGUAUCAACAGGGCAGUGGCGUGUACUUACUGUGGUGGUAAAGUUCGGCAUAGCAAUAUGAAGGACCAUUUGGAUGUCUGCCCUAAGUUUCCAAUCCAUUGCUUCUUGAACUGUGGAGAAAAAGGUAUACCAAGAGACAUGAUGGAAGAACACAUGACCAAACGUUGUCUUAAAGCUGAACAUCUCUGUCCUUUCAGCGUUCAUGGCUGUGAAUUUAAGGGCACUAAACAAACAAUCGAUCAACACAUUGCUGAGAAUAUCAAGUCUCAUCUUAAAAUGAUGAGCUAUUCAAGCCAUGAAUGUAACGAGAAAUCAAAACAGAUGGAAGAGAAGAUAUAUCUUCUAGAACAAGAAAAAAGUGCUUUGGAACAUCAACUACAAAAUCAAGCAGAGGUGUUGGCAGCUGCAAGACAAAACAUACAAACGCAACAGACAAAAUUGUCCCACGUAGAAAACUCCAUCAUCGAACAAAAGAGGACAACUGAGAAAUUGCUUGCCGAUUUGAAGGCUUUUGAGGCAUUUAGAACUAAUGGGGAUAUUGUCUCGUCUCAGAUGGAAGAAAUAAUGAACACUCUGCGAGAACACGAGAAGGAGGUGAGCAGUCUUCAGGGUGAAGUGGCUCGUUUGAAAUUAUCCCCUGCCACGCCGAAAGGUGCGAGUAACUACCGUCCAAAAUCCGACGUGUCUGUCACUCGUGAGUCCGAGCGCCGGCUGGACAGGAAUGAGCACCAACUAGCACUGCACGACAUUCAAUUGUCCGAUCAUGAUAUGCAGAUUCAAAUGCUGGAGGCUACAUCGUAUAAUGGCACCUACUUUUGGAAGAUCGACCGCUACAGCCAACGCUUCCAAGAGGCUGUUACUGGAAAGACUCUAUCUAUUUACAGCCCUCCUUUCUAUGUAGGACGGUUUGGGUACAAAGUAUGUGCUCGUCUCUACCCCAAUGGAGACGGAAUUGGCAAAGGAACGCAUUUGUCAAUGUUCUUUGUUGUCAUGAGGGGUGAAUACGAUGCUUUAUUACCUUGGCCGUUUCUCCAAAAGGUUCAUUUUCGACUGAUAGACCAGGACAGGAUCCGGGACGCUUAUGAUGCGUUUCGCCCUGAGCCUAACAGCUCAAGCUUUAAAAGACCCACGUCAGACAUGAACAUAGCAUCUGGCUGCCCGACGUUUAUUUCUCACAUAGAACUAAGGCAAGGUGGCUAUAUUCGGAACGAUACAAUGUUCAUUAAAAUAACUGUAGAUACUACUGGUCUGCAAGGAGAUAUGUGGCAGUAAAUCCUUGCCUUUUACAACCUCUCAGGUCUUACAUAAGACCUGAGUGCCUGGAACAGACCCUAGCCCAACGGUUUUUAGUGGUUUAGUCGGUCAAAUUCUCUUAAUCGUGUGCAAAAUUUGCAUAGUGCAGUUUGUUGUUAUCUAUUAUUCUGAAAUUUGGAUCUGUUAUUUAUUUCUUGAAAAACCAAGCUCCCGCGUCAAUCUUUAAUUAUUUGGAUAUCUAUUGUAAUAUAAUGUAUGUUAGUUUUCAGGCACUAGCGAAAAUUGCUCGUGUGGGUCCAUGAAAAGUUACCUGUAAUUAUAAGAUAUUUAUAAAGUGUAUUCGAAAGGCAAAAGACAUAGUAUUUAUUUAUGGAGAGAAAGUUUAUGGAAACAAAGAAAUAAAUAUUCAACUUCAAAGUCCAAAAUGUAAUUUAUUGCAGAAGACAAAACGGUAUUCAUAAAAUUUCCCUCGUUUUGGGCAACACUAGGAACAACCCUUUACCAAAACAUGUGCUUUAACAGUGACCGAUUACAGAGACGGUUUUCCCUGAAGAAAAUAUGUCAUCUAAAACUGUGUUUUUGGAAAAAAAUAUGAUAUAAUAUUUAUAACUUCAAAUAUCAUGACUUAUGUUUUGAAAGCGGCCUGGAUAAUAUUUAUAAUGCUUUAUAUUUCUUAUGACUCUCAGAAAAUAUUAACUGUAUAUUUAAUAUAUAACUGAAUAUUUAUUUUUUAUUUG